UAUACACAGACACAGACUCAGAGCAGAGCAGAGACAGAGACAGAUACAGACACAGACUCAGAGCAGAGACAGAGACAGAUACAGACACAGACUCAGAGCAGAGACAGACACAGACAAAGGGGCAACAAUAGCACCAGAACCUGAGUACAGACAGAAAGCACAUUAAGUUAUUGGAGAUGUCUGAGGACAUCUAUGCUGUGCCAGAUAUGACAAAGAAGGUCAAGUUUAUUAACAGAGGUGAGAUGAAGGAGAGGAUUGUGGAUAUCUACGUCAGUGCAGACACCCUGAGAGACGGUGAGACCAGCACCAAGAGAGAAGAAACAGUAGACACUGCUCCUAAUAAUGGACCAGGAGACCAGCACUCAGUACAUGUUCAGUGGUGGAAGAGACCCUCUGGAGUUGCUGCAGUGUGUCUGGGGCUGCUGUGUGUUCUCUUACUGGCUGGGAUCAUUGGCCAGUCGUUACAAUACAGCAACGUCUCAAAGAACUCAUCUGCAGAGAGAGACCAGCUACAGACCAGUUACAAUAACCUGACUAAAGAGAGAUACCAGCUAGAGUCCAAAUACCAUAACCUGACUAAAGAGAAAGACCAGCUACAGGCCAGUUACAACAACCUGACUCAAAAGAGAGACCAGCUACAGACCAGAUACAGCAACCUGACGAAUGAGAGAGACCAGAUACAGACUGAGAAAGCGUUUCUGAAAAUGAGGCUGACCAAUCUCAAACGAACAUGCCCUGAAGGCUGGCAGAAGUUUGAAUCCAGUUGGUACUUCCUGUCUACUGAGACUAAAACCUGGAAGGAGAGCAGAGAGGACUGUCUGGAGAGAGGAGCAGACCUGGUGAUCAUAAACAGUGAUAAGGAACAGACAUUUCUCUUCAACCUCAACAAGAGAGUCUGGAUUGGUCUGACUGACUCUGAUAAUGAGGGGACCUGGAAAUGGGUGGACGGCACCCCACUGACCACAGGGUACUGGUAUUACCCACAACCUGAUAAUGCAGGUCCUACUCAGAACGAGGACUGUGUUGAGAUACGUAAUGACCAGCUUCCUCUAAAGGCAUGGAACGACUUGUCAUGUGACAGCCAACUCAACCGGAUUUGUGAGAAAGCGUUUUAACAUCACCAUGACAACAUACUGUAACACAUAAAGCAGCCUACAGUGCACGGAACUUCCUCCUUCAAUCUCUCUCUCUCUCUCUCUCUCUCUCUCUCUCUCUCUCUCUCUCUCUCUCUCUCUCUCUCUCUCUCUCUCUCUCUCUCUCUCUUCUCCCUCUUUCUCCCUCUUUCUCCCUCUUUCUUCCUCCCUCUCCCUCUCCCUCCUGCACGCACACACAUUGUAUUUGUUUGUAUUAGCAUAUGAAUAAAAGUCCUACUCAUUUCCUAAAAUUGUA